AUGGGACAUAUCGCCAGAGACUGCGGACAACCCAAGAAGCCUAACUGGAAGCCAGUACCCGAGCGAACCAAGCAAGCUAGUAUAGCAACUAAGACACCCCACGCAUCCCUAUCGUGGACAGGAUGCUACGACGACAAAUGCCCUGUACACCUUAGCGACAAAGAAAUGACAGGACACUAG